CGUGCCCCUUGGUCCUGGUGGCAGCGGUGGGAGCCGGAGGUCGUCCGGGACAGGUUCCCCUGGGCGCUCCCCCAUGGAGGAAGAGGUGCGCAAGGCUGCAGCCCCGGAUGCUCGCACUUCCCACUGGACGGCGACGAAGGCGGUGGCCGCGCGUGCUCUGGAGGGGGUGGCUCGUGCGGCCUGUAUGGGGGUGUGAGCGGAGGUGACCGGGGCCGGAUAGUGGAGGGCAAGCCGCGCGCGCGGCGGGCCGGCGAGCGGCGGUGAGGUCGCCACUUUCUUCCUUUCAGGCUGGAGCUACUCUGCCAGGGCUUAGAACUUUAAAUGAGAAUAAAGGGUAUUAUUUACGAGGAAAUGAGAGUGAAUAAGUCAUCUCUAACCUCUUCCAGCCUUGUUUUCGUAAGAGAGACCAUAUUAAACGUACAUGUACAUAUCAUUGGCUGCUGCUUUGGGGGUUGAACGUCCUUCUGGGUGUCCAUUGUCCCCACGUAGCACGGAGGAACUUCUCUGCACUUCCAAGCAGAUUCUGACUUGCCGUUGUGUCCACGGAUGUCCUGUUUUCAAACUAUUUGAAGACUGCAUCAUCCUGCCUCCAGCACCAGCAGUUUCUCUGUUCUUGAUCAAUGUGAUUCACAGGAACUUUUAAAGUAACAAGCGAAAUGAGCCAGGGCCGUGGAAAAUAUGACUUUUAUAUUGGUCUGGGAUUGGCUAUGAGCUCCAGCAUUUUCAUUGGAGGGAGUUUCAUUUUGAAAAAAAAAGGCCUUCUGCGACUUGCCAGAAAAGGCUCCAUGAGAGCAGGUCAAGGUGGCCAUGCAUAUCUUAAAGAAUGGUUGUGGUGGGCUGGACUGCUAUCAAUGGGAGCUGGCGAGGUGGCCAACUUUGCUGCGUAUGCCUUUGCACCAGCCACCCUAGUGACUCCGUUAGGGGCACUCAGUGUCCUAGUUAGUGCCAUUCUUUCUUCAUACUUUCUAAAUGAAAGACUUAACCUUCAUGGAAAAAUUGGAUGUUUGCUAAGUAUUCUGGGAUCUACAGUUAUGGUUAUUCAUGCUCCAAAAGAAGAGGAGAUUGAGACUUUAAAUGAAAUGUCUCACAAGCUAGGAGAUCCAGGUUUUGUGGUCUUUGCAACACUUGUGGUCAUUGUGUCCUUGAUAUUAAUCUUUGUGGUGGGACCUCGCCAUGGACAGACAAACAUUCUUGUGUAUAUCACAAUCUGCUCUGUAAUUGGAGCGUUUUCAGUCUCCUGUGUUAAGGGCCUGGGCAUUGCUAUCAAAGAGCUGUUUGCUGGAAAGCCUGUGCUGCGACAUCCCCUGGCCUGGAUUCUGCUGCUGAGCCUUAUAGUCUGUGUGAGCACACAGAUUAAUUACCUGAACAGGGCCCUGGACAUAUUCAACACGUCCAUCGUGACUCCAAUAUAUUACGUAUUCUUUACAACAUCAGUUUUAACUUGCUCAGCUAUUCUUUUUAAGGAGUGGCAAGAUAUGCCUGUUGAUGAUGUCAUUGGUACUCUGAGUGGCUUCUUUACAAUCAUUGUGGGAAUAUUCUUGUUGCAUGCCUUUAAAGACGUCAGCUUUAGUCUCGCAAGUCUGCCUGUGUCUUUUCGGAAAGAUGAAAAAGCAGUGAAUGGCAGUCUCUGUAAUAUGUAUGAAGUUCUUAAUAAUAGUGAAGAGAGCUUAACCUGUGGAAUUGAACAACACACUGCUGAAAAUAUCUCCCGAAGAAAUGGAAAUCUGACAGCUUUUUAAUAAGAAAGAUGUAAUAAAAAGGUUAAUCUAUAAUUGUGUUAUAAAGUGAAUUUGAGUAUCAGAA